UUAUAAUGCAGCAUGGGGGGAGAGAACGUAACAAAAUGAAGGCUCCGUAGCGGAAUAUAGUCUGAACGCCAAAGCAGAUCAAACGGUUCGCGGUCAUUCACGGAUGGUGACACACAAUGCCGAUAGUAGACAAGCUCAAAGAGGCCCUGAAGCCGGGCCGCAAGGACUCCAGCGACGAGGGCGACCUGAACAAGUUGCUGGCUUCAUCUGCCAAGAAAGUGCUUCUGCAGAAGAUCGAGUUUGAACCUGCCAGCAAAGGCUUCAGCUACCAGCUGGAGACCCUCAAGACAAAAUACGUGAUCCUGAAUCCCAAAAACGAUGGAGCAGCGGCACCGAGACAGACUGAACCUGCUCAGAUUAAGAGACAAAUCUCCGAAAACCUGAGUGUUGGGCAGAGCGAUGGGAUCCCUGCUCCGCAGAAGAUGCUCUUCCCUGGGAACAAGCUGUCCAUGAAGUGGGAACGGGUGUAUCGGGUUGGAGCCGGCCUCCACAACCUGGGCAACACCUGCUUCCUCAACUCUACUGUGCAGUGUCUGACCUACACCCCGCCGCUGGCCAACUACCUGCUCUCAAAGGAGCACAGCCGAUCCUGUCACCAAUCUGGAUUCUGCAUGAUUUGUGUAAUGCAGAACCAUAUCAUCCAAGCCUUCGCCAACACGGGCAAUGCCAUUAAACCUGUAUCAUUCAUCCGAGAUCUGAAAAAAAUUGCUCGCCAUUUUCGAUUUGGGAGCCAAGAGGAUGCUCACGAGUUUCUGCGUUACACCAUUGACGCCAUGCAGAAAGCUAGCUUGAACGGAUAUCCCAAACUGGACAGACAGACACAGGCCACCACGCUGGUCCACCAGAUUUUUGGGGGUUAUCUGAGGUCUAGAGUGAAGUGCUCUAUUUGUAAAAGCGUGUCGGAUACGUAUGACCCAUACCUGGACAUCGCCGUGGAGAUUCGGCAAGCGGCCAACAUCGUUCGUGCUCUGGAACUAUUUGUCAAGCCUGAUGUUUUGAGCGGCGAGAACGCCUACAUGUGUGCCAAAUGUAAGAAGAAAGUUCCAGCGACUAAGAGGUUCACAGUCCACAGAACAUCGAAUGUGCUGACGCUGUCGCUUAAACGUUUCGCCAACUUCAGUGGAGGAAAAAUUACCAAGGAUGUUGGCUACCCAGAGUUCCUGAACAUUCGCCCGUACAUGUCCCAGAGCACGGGCGAUCCUGUGAUGUAUGGCCUCUAUGCCGUCCUCGUGCACUCAGGGUACAGCUGCCAUGCUGGACACUACUACUGCUACGUCAAGGCCAGUAAUGGACAAUGGUACCAGAUGAAUGACUCAAUGGUGCAUUCCAGUAACAUCAAGGUUGUCCUUAAUCAGCAGGCCUAUGUCCUCUUUUACCUGAGGAUCCCUGAAAAGAAAAAUACAGAUGCUUCAAAUACAAAGCAGAACAUAGUGCACUCUGGGAGAACUAACAUGACACCGGAGCAGCUGAAGAAAAGCACACUUAAUGGACCUUUGUCUUCACCACAGGUUACAAAGAAGCUUGAUCCCACUCAUCUGAGAAAAAUCCAGUCUGUGGAUGGGGGUCUCGGUAUUCCAGUAGCCAGGAACUUUUCAGGGGUCCAGUCGCCGAAGUUGUCUAAUGGUACGGGGAACCCCCAUGCCCCACCCAAGCCGCCCGGUGGACCCACACUGAUCGAGGAGCCCUUUAAGAAAGUGAAGAAGCCAAUACCUCAGCCUCAGUCCCGCAACGGCACUCCUGCUCCAUCCAACGGCCUCCCCAAACCCAACACAGACCAGAGGAGCAACAGCGAGGCCCGCGGCCUGCCAUCAUCUACCUCACUCAAAUCCCUGUCCGACACCUCCUCGGCGGACACCUCCUCUGAGUCUAAAGAGUCUGUUGGCACGAGGAGCGCACCUGUUGGUGACGCCUCUAGAGUGAUCGGUCCAGCGUCUCCAGCUAAGAGCACAGAGCGUGUGACCUCAGAGGAGCAGAAGGUGGUGAAACUCAAACCCCAGGCCCUCACCAACAUCUCGUUAGAGCCCGUCAGCACCAUGUCCCCCCCGCCCGCCAAACGACUCGCCCUGUCCGCCAAGAAGGCCAGUCCCUGGCAGAGCCCGAGCAGCAGCACUGAGGCUCCGCCCCCUUCAUCUCUUCAUCUGUCCAGUGACCCCAAACACCACCUCAGCCGGGCCUCAUCCCACCCGCACCACAGAUUUUCAAAUUCGGGAAUUUCUGAUUCUCAUUCUCUCAACCUGCAAUCUCCACCUCCGACUCGCCUUCCUAAAGAAAGUCCCCUUAAACGGCCCUCUUCCACUCUGGAGCUGCCUGCUCAUGCUCUCUCUCCACAGAACAAUGGCGUUAAGCCCCAGCCGCCCAGUACACCUAGACCAAUCCAGAGCCAGAACCAGUCAGCCUCAACUACGGGACUACCCCAGGUGCUCACCAGUCCCACUCUAAAAAAGAAGAAAAAGAAACUAAAACGACGACAUUUGGAAGUCGAGCAGGAUGCCCCUACAGCCUCGCCCCCAGAAGAACCCAAGCCAAGUACUGAAAUCAGGAAGAAGAAAAAAAAGAAGAGGAAGUGGGAACAAGAGGCCAUUGGUCUUGAGGGACAGAGAGAGUGUGUACAGUCCCAUUUUGAGCCCUAUCAGGAUGAGGACUGGUGUCUUGGAGAAACUUGGAGUAUCAUCUCAGAAGCCAAAGUAAAGGAGUUUGAGUCAUCUAAAGUGGCAGAGAAUUGUGAGACCAAACCUCAGUCAGUGCCUCCGAUUGGCCAGCCAGAGACAGACCCCAUCCCGAAGAAGAAAAAGAAGCACAAACUCACAGACCAGCUGGAAGAGCUCAGCAAUGGAGUCACCGUUUCAAAGUGUGCUGUUGUAAAAGAGGUUGGCAGUGCAAAUGCGAUGACUGAAUACCUUGGAGAGACCAAGAAGAAAAAGAAAAAGAGAAAACAAAAACACUUCAGAGAAGAGGAGGAGAGACCAGGGGAUGAAGAACAACUUCAAGAGACCAAUGGAGUCGAGUCUCCUCGUCAGAUGAGCAAUAAGGGCAAGCAGAAACUUGGUAAACCCAGCACAGCUGCAGUGAUCGUUUGGGACAGCCAGGUUCAGGAUGGCUACAAGCGUGACCAGAAUCAUCAAGAAGCAGAUGGCGUGUCGAGGAAAGGCCCGUGCUCUGCUCCUAUGGGCUGGGAUGGCAAGAAAAGCUGUGAUGUAGUCGAGGAGCUCCUCAAGAACUCCUCAGAUAAAGCUUAUGGAACUGAGGUCCUCAGUUGGGAAGGAGAUCCGUCGGCCAUCAGCAGAGACGCCAUAGAGGAUGCACGCUAUGCCCAAAACCAGACUGUCAUUGACGAGUGGGACAGGGAGUUUGACUGUGGAAAAAUAAAGAAAAUGAAAAAAUACAAAAAGGAGAAGAGGAGGAAUGCAAAUGUCUUCCAGAAGAUCCAAGAGCAUCGUAACUUGUGGUCAGUCACGCCGGGAGGCAGGAGGAGCAGUCUGGGGUUUCACCACUGAAAGUUUUGAAAUGUGGAUCCCGAUCGCGUGUCCUGACCAGACCAGUUACUUUACUGGAUCAGAAGCAGUCGGAUUUGUCUCAGAUUCUUCUGAAGAACACAAGUCCGCCCAGAGUGCAGCAGUACUGUGAAAUAAAGCGAUGGGGCUGAGGUCACCGCCUGAAAUCCAAAAUAUACGCCAGUAAUGGUGCCCUUAUGAUCUUAGGAUCAUAGGAAAUAGGACAAACUGUAGUUUUGACCUUUGAUCUCAAUUAUUCUUAUUGUCAUAAGAACAAAUGUUUACCAGGGCCAGUUUUAUCUUGGCAAGACUACACAACUUGGCGAGCAUUGGGGCUGUAAUGGCCAGUGAGGGAAAACUACAUAAUCUGGGGUCUUUUAUUAGGAGGAGAAUCCUCAAACUUUCUGAAAACAGGGCAAAAUGAAGCCCCUUCCACCAACGUUUUUACACAAUUAAUCUGACUCGACAAAUAACAUCACUGUUCCCAUUAUGCGACUUUUGUUCACUAAAUUAUUACGCUUUUUCAUAUUUGAGCUGGAUAUUAUUAGGCACUUAUUUCCUGAAUGGAUCAUCUAAUUCCUUGCCUCUGUUGGAGGCAAGUUUUAGUUUGCCAGAGACCCAUUGCAAUACAGUUAUUGCUUGUGAUUGUAUAUUUUCAGGUCUUGCCUGCUUGAAUACUAGCUCAUCCUUCUCAAACUCACCUUUGCAGUGUUUUGUUUUUGUCCCAUAGGAAUACAUACUGUACGCAUUUUAAAGGGAAAUGAGUCUCUUGUGACAUUUUCUGCAGUUUCUAUAAGGUAUCUCUUCAGAUUUCCCAACACGCCACAAUUUUCAGUCAAACGGCGUGGUGUUUUAUGCACAGUGCUGCAUACAACAAUGCAAUACAUUUCAUCCAUGUGAGCUAAAACAUAAAAAAAAACAUGGGCCUUAACACAAAACACUGUGUUUUUGCCAGGAGGGCUGAAUUAGUGUGUCACAUCCUGUAUCUCUUUUCUACUCUCUAUGCAACUACAGCAAUCCCAUGGAUGCUCUGUGAAGAGGUCAGUCCAGGGAAAAACUAGACAAAAGCUGGUCCAAAUAUCAUCUCUGUGAGCUGUAAACGCCCUGUCCGUUCCAUGUCUGUUAGCAGUGCUAUUAUACAUUGGGUCAAAAUGAUGUACAUGCUUAUCCACUGAAGAGCCAUCAUAGGAGUAAACCAAUGUUGAAGCUUUCCUUUUUAGGACAUUGUACAGUCUACCUUGUGCUCUCUGUGCCCCCUCCAGUCAUUCUUGUUGUUAAAAACCAUCCCCUCACGAAUCCUUGGGUUUUAGAAAAGUUGCCUUGAUUUAAUUUUUAUUGCAAAUUAUACUUAUUAAAACGUGUUAAAUGCACAUUGCUAAUGUAUUUAAGGUUUGUGGAAUUGUAAAUGGGAAAUUUUAUUAACCAGUAGAUGUCUUUUGAAAGGCUGCUCUGAAGUCUUGUUCAGGACCCAGAUGCGUUCUGUAGGAUGUCUGUAUUCUCUUAGAAAUUUACUUCAGAUAGGUUAUUUUCAAAAAGCCUGAAA